CGAUGAUAAUGUUAUAUGUACUUGGUAUUUGGUAGGUCAUCCAGCACCAUGACACGCUACGCUAAGGAUCCUGAAAAUCCUACCAAGUCAUGCAAGGCCAGGGGAUCAAAUCUUCGUGUUCACUUCAAGAACACAAGAGAGACAGGCAUGGCUAUCAAGGGUAUGCAUGUUCGUAAGGCAACAAGGUACCUUAAGGAUGUUGUGGCCAAGAAACAGAUUAUUCCUUUCAGGAGAUUCAAUGGAGGUGUAGGCCGAAAGGCUCAGGCCAAGAACCGUAAAGCCCCAGGAUCACAGGGACGUUGGCCCAAGAAAAGUGCAGAGAUUUUACUUCAGCUUCUGAAGAAUGCUGAAAGCAAUGCUGAAUUCAAGGGUUUGGAUGUAGAUUCUCUAGUAGUUGAACACAUUCAAGUCAAUGAAGCCCCCAGCAUGAGGCGCCGAACAUACAGAGCUCACGGUCGCAUCAAUCCUUACAUGAGUUCACCAUGCCAUAUAGAAAUGAUUCUAUCUGAACAUGAGCAGGUUGUACCCCGCGCUGAGGAUGAAGUUGAAGUCAAGAAAGUCUCCAAGAAGAAGAUGGCCAGAGAAAAAAUGAAAUCAAGGGAAUAAAUAGACCUGAGCUGCCUUGUAUAAAAUCAAUAAUAAAUGAUACCAUCUGUUUGAGAAA